AAAAGUUGCGCGUUGCGCAGAGCGCAAAGAGAGAAGGUAGGACCUAGAUCCUGUGUGAUGAAAAGAUCAGCUGCAGAAAGUGAUGACACUGCAAUCCUGUUAAUGAUCUGAGUGAAUGUCAUCUUGCAUCUGUCUCCGAGUGAAAAAAGCCAAUCUACUUAGAGGUGGCAGUCGUGCUGAAGCCAGAGGAUUAUGGAUGCCCUGGUGUGUCACAUAGUAAGCUGAUUACGAGAGAGGCUGUGACUGAUCUUGAUGUUUUGAGCGAGAUAGAUCACAAACACAUGAGAGCCUUCGAAUUUUAUCCAUGUUGCUCGUACGUGAAUGUAACUAUUUUGGAUAAUUAUUAUGUUGCACAAUUUGAUACAUCCACCCAGAUUCAUUGUUUUUCUGCUGAUUUUUGGUUAAAUUCUUUUCUUGUUGGAAUUGCCUACGCACGUUAGUCUUGGUACGACCCUCCCCCCGAUGAACCCGAUGCCCUGGCUGAUGUUGAAAGCGACGCUUAGCUGUGCUUAAAGAAUAAAGAUUUUGAAAUUCUUGUUAGAGUCGAUUUCGUCUUUUGCAACAUCUUCAUAAACAUAUUGCGUUUAUUGAACUUGUUAUCUUCUUCAUCACUAUUCAGUGACAUCUUGUUGUUUAGGACAGGAUGAAGAUCGAUGUUCGGUGUGAACCUCGUGAGGCGCUUGAGGCCCGAAAAAUGCAGGUGCCUGCUCACAGACAAAAAGGUUUCGUUGUCGGACAGCCCAUUGGACAUGUCAACAAAAUGGUGCGGGACUACAAGCACAAGAAUUUCCACACAACCGCAGAGAAAGAGCCAGCCUCGCGGCGGUACAUUCUCGAAUUCUGCUUGUGCCACGUUUAUGAUUUUAACGUUUCUGGGUAAUCACAAGCAAGGUCUUCGAUUAACUAUGUAGGGGCAGAGCUUGUUCGACGGUGACGGAGUUUCAGCGACUUAUGUCGCCGUAAUUUUUUACGCAAGAUGAACGGAGGAAGUUCAACAACAUGAGCUAUUAUUAUAGUCCUCGCACAAGAACGGAUUUCGAUCUGAGUUUUAAUAUAUGAGUAGAUCGUUAAUCAAUGUCUGUAGAGUCAUGGACAACAUUUUUAGCUAUUUCUAUCAUGUAUUCGAAAAAUAAUAGGUGGUUGGAGCCUCAUGGCAACGCGAUAGAGGGUGGAGCAGAAAUGACGCAGUUUUUUGUCGAGAAAUUGCAAAACGGCUACGAACUUGAGAGAACCCAAGCGCAUGGGCCGACAAUCAUGACUGCAAAGUCCAUCGAGUCUCCAUGGGAUGCGGCAGUAAUAUUUUCUUAUAAGUCAAGUUGUAGAUGUUGUAGUUGUAGAUCAUCUCUAUCUCUAUCAACAUAAACAUGUUCUAGACGUACUUUACUUUUUCUGUUUAUUCUUCAUCGUGGUUGUAUUCGGAUUUCGGAAGAUAUUUACAUGUGAUGAGAAAUUUCAUCUAUUCUCCUUUCAGGUACAAAAGUAUUCGCCCGGACUGAAGGGGGACUUCCACGAUCCCACUGCCAACAGAGGAUACGGACGAACGCCUUCGGGAAAUGUCUUUACCAACUUCAGAUAAAGCGAUGCUUUUCUUGCGCUUUUAUGAUACGAAGGCGGAGCUGAAAUAAGGAAGAGAAUUACGGGGCGCAAAACCUACAGCCAUAGUCUCGUCCAUAAAAAAAUCACAGAAAUGCAAAGACGUGCUACCAGAUGUUAGAGGAUGCAGUAGUUUCUUCGAUAGUGUAACUGCAGUUGCUUUUGCAACAGUUCUUCGUUCAGAAGUGAUAAUUAGUCGUGAGCUACAACGAAGUAGUAUGAGAUGUAAGUGUCAGGACAAGUAUGUCAAGAAAAAUUACAAUUAGUUUUCGAAGAAAAUGAAGAUGAAAGACGUAGAAUUCAUUAAAAAUAUCAACAAAAAUAGCGAUUAAAGAUAGUAUUGAUGGGAGGCACCCAAGUUAAAAGUCACAGGCAGGUCCUGAGUAUCGUGUCAGGUUGUACAUUCGAAAGUAAGUACCUGCGAAUGCCUCCACUGCUCUUGUUCACGUCUUCUACACAGCCGACGUAUAGAUUGAAUACCAGAUGAGAUGUAAGUUGUAGAAGAUGAACACGAAGUCUAACGUUCACAUAUCCUUGGCUGUUAGAUGCAUAGUAUAUUGACAUUCACGCUCACAAAUACGGGGCCGGCACUCCUGCAUUGCCCAGGCAACAAAACAUGUGCUUAUACGCGAAGCUUGAUUUUGACUGCGCUCUCGACCACACACCAUUUCAGAAUUGUGCUCCAGACCCAUUUGCUGCUGCCAACUCCCAUGUUUAUUACAGAUAGCUCAGCAAAGACAAUCUCAAACUCAAUCAUUCUAGAAUCAUCUUCCGAGUCCCAGAUUCGAACAAUACGAAAU